AUGUCCGCCUCAACAAACUUCAACUUCCCCUCCCACCCCACCUCCCGCUCCCACGCCAUGCAAAUCGUCGAAGGCACUCGCGCACUGGAACAAUCUCCUCUCUCCAACUCCUCCACUUCCAGGUACAACUCUUCCUCAUCCAAGAAGACCAAGGACUACGCAGAAUCCACCACCUCAACCUCGAGCUUCUCCAGCCGAACCGGGCUCUUGAAGGAAAAGAUCCGCUCUUCGUUCGGUACUACUUCUUCUUCUUCUUCUUCAUCGCCAUCUUCGGGCAGCAACAAAUCCGUGAGUCGCCCCUCCCCGGCCAGCCGUACCAACGAAAGCAGCAAGAGCAACAAGUCCAGCAAAAACAGCAAGAGCGGUCAGACUAGCCAGAGUAGCCGGGACGGGGUAUUGCUACUCGGUUCACAGAUCAGAAUGGGGCACUGA